AUGCUCAUCAUCUCGUCCCGCAGUGCGCUGCUGUCCGUCUACUACCCACAGAUCUUCCUCAUCCUCACCAGCGGUAGCUACCUGGCGCUGUCCUCUGUGGUGGCUCUAGGUGCAAACAUCAUCUGCAACAAGAUACCGGGCCUGGCCCCCCGUCAGAGAGCCCUCUGUCAGAGUCGCCCGGACGCCAUCAUCGUGAUCGGCGAAGGUGCCCAGCUGGGCAUCAAUGAGUGUCAGUACCAGUUCCGCUACGGCCGCUGGAACUGCUCGGCCCUGGGGGAGAGGACAGUCUUUGGACAAGAGCUGAGAGUAGGCAGCAGGGAGGCAGCAUUCACUUAUGCCAUCACCGCAGCCGGAGUUGCCCACGCAGUGACCACAGCCUGCAGCCAAGGCAACCUCAGCCAAUGCGGCUGUGAUCGUGAGAAGCAGGGCUACCACGACCAAGAGGAGGGCUGGAAGUGGGGAGGCUGCUCGGCCGACGUCAAGUACGGAGUGGAGUUCUCGCGACGAUUUGUGGACGCCCGGGAGAUCAAGAAAAAUGCCCGACGCCUCAUGAACCUGCACAACAAUGAAGCAGGGCGAAAGAUCCUAGAGGAGAGGAUGAAGCUGGAGUGUAAGUGUCACGGCGUGUCUGGUUCCUGCACCACUAAGACUUGCUGGAUCACCCUGCCCCAGUUCAGAGAGAUCGGUUACCUGCUGAAGGAACGAUACAGCGGAGCAGUUCAAGUGGAGCCGGUCCGGGCCUCGCGCCUCCGCCAACCCUCCUUCCUACGACUCAAAGAGGCUCGAGGCUACCAGAAGCCCACGGACACAGACCUGGUGUACCUGGAGCGUUCGCCCAACUACUGUGAGGAGGACACAUCGACAGGAAGCACAGGGACACGGGGAAGACUGUGCAACGGCACCUCGACCUACACGGACGGUUGUAAUUUGAUGUGCUGCGGCCGGGGGUACAACACGCACCAUUACACACGCAUCUGGCAGUGCAACUGCAAGUUCCACUGGUGCUGUUUUGUCAAGUGCAACACAUGCAGCGAGAGAUCAGAAGUUUUUACCUGCAAGUAGAGAAAGAGGAAGUGGUAGGCUCUGGAAGCUGGAGAAAACAGACAGUGGUUGAAGGUUAUGACAAAGUGGAAUUUGAAGUGAAGGACUUGGAAGUAUUUAUUCAACAAUUUGCACAUUUUUACAUCCUAUUUUGGAAACUCUUUAAAGAAAGAAACAUGAGGUUUGGAGGGAAAAAAAGAGACAUGAGUGAUUCUUUUUUUUGCGCGCUGGUACCAAACUGUGACAUGAUGCAAACAUGUUGCAGCUGAAAGGAUUUGAUGUUCUUUUUUUGCCUCCAGCAAAGCAAUAUUUGGAAGACGACAUCUUGCAGAGGUGUAGCUCACAGAUAUCACAUACGAGAGGAAAAACAACAAGGACUAUUGUUGGAUGUUAAAAAGACUUUUGUAAUAAGCUAACUGGAAAUGCUUCAAGCGCUUCAGACUGCCGUGACAGAAGACAGGCUCCUGAUGAAGAUUGAAAGAUGGCAGUGGAAUACUUUUAACUGUACGCUCACACUGUAUUCUGUUUGAACACUGAAAAUAAAACAAAAUUAUUUAUGUAAAAAUAUCUUUCAAACCUAGUCUUAUAGGAUGGAUAGCAAACAGUAUUCCUCUCUUUUACGAUCUUCAAUUGCUACUGAUACAUUUCAUGAUGGGAGUAACCGAUUUUUAGUAGCAUUUACAGCCACUAAUUCUCUGCCAAUUUGUAUCCAUUUCCAGUUGUCAGUGGCGUAUUUUGUUAUAGAUUAGUUAUUUUUCUUUUGCACUCACAUAGCCACAUUUCUUUCUCUUUUUCACGGGACAUCAGUGAGUUGUGCUGUUGAGUGCUGUGCUGACAUCUCUCUCAUGGACAAAUUCCCCUCUCGAACCCCCUUUGUUACGCCAAGAACCAAAGAGGCAGAAAAUACUCCCAAACUAUUUUAAGCAUCCAACUUGUCAGUUUGAACAGCACUUUCCAUCCUGACCGUGUUCAUUAUUUUGUUUUCAGAGGGCUCUUGACUUCUGAGAAAAGCAUGUAAGCCUCAUUGGAACUCCAUAGAGGUGCAAUCAGGUUCAGAUACAUCCAACAUUCCCAUGAACGGCAGAGACGUGGAAUUCCACAUGAUGGCCUCUGCUUACACAAGGCCUUCCAGCGCGGUUUAGGCCUGCCUGGGUGGAUGGCAUGUGCCUUAACCACACAGAAGGGGGUAUGAGAGGAUCAAAGGCCUCAAAGCUAUUUUUGGACAGCACCCUUAAUGUAUUCAGAAAUGUUUAUUUAGGCUUUAUAUAACUUACAAAACAAUUUGAAGAGUAUAUUUUUAUAUGAGGAACGUGGCACUUUAUGUCAUUUAUAGAUGGAAAAGAAAGUCACUAUUUACAAGUGUUUUCUAAUGUCAUUGUAUUCAGAUUUGAGAGCUAUAAAUUAUUUGGAAUUUAUGUUUUUUUGAUCCUAAAUUGUAAAUACUCCACGUGUUUUAUCAAAGUAGCCCAGAUUGUACAUCUCGAUGCCUUCACAAUUCAACGUACAGUCAUGGAAAACAUUAUUAAACCACCCUUUUUCUU